UAUAAAAUCUGUUUCUUAAUGGAUAAUUCAUCUUGGAAUCCCUUUAUAUACCCCCAAACUCCAACUCCCCCAUCACAAAACCAUAUAACAAAUAUAUCUCAAAUCCAAUCAAACACUCUCUCUCAACAAAAGAAGAAAAAACACACAAAAACUCAUCAAACCGUUACUAAAAUGGAAAUUGAAACAAACCAAUCAAUUGUAGCAAAAAAAGUAUGGAAGACAAUACGCAUCAUUUUGUUCAUGUUAAGGAAAGUCAUAGCCAAGAGCAAAGUGAUAUCCGAAUUAAAUCUCUUGGUUAAACGUGGCAAAAUUGCGGCGGUCAAAGCCAUCACAAACGCUCUCACUCUCCGCCACUACUCCUCGGCCGCCGUCUCAUCCUUUGUAUCUCCCCAUGAUUACGACUUUAGUUGUAGCAACAGUCCGACCGUCAUUAAAUUCCACAACAAAAAGAAGAACAACCACCACCGCUACCACCACCACCAGUGCCACGAUGUUUCCACCGUUCAAAAGGUUCUAGAGAUUCUCAAUGACAUGGAAACUUCUUCUUUUUCUUCUCCUUCUCCGCUAGUGGCAUUGUCGGGAUUUGACAAAAGCCCUAUUGGAAAAAAACAACUUAGAAUCACAGAUUCGCCGUUUCCUUUAAAGGAAGAGGAAGGAGAAGAUUAUAGUCACGUGGAUAUUGCGGCUGAAGAAUUUAUUAAGAGAUUCUAUAAGAAUCUCAACUUGCAAAAAGAAUUGGCUUCUAUUCAAUCGCCUUACCACAACUCUUGGAACAAAUAGAACAUUAUUGGUCUAGUCUAGUCAAAUUUUAAUCGUUGAUCGAAUUAAUAUUUAAAUUCAAUUUAACGAUUGAAAUUUAAUUAGACUGACCAGAACAAAACAACAAUUACCUUGUUUUUACUCGAUCUAUUUACUGAAUAUAUAAUUUUGUGAUAAAAAUGACAAAAUCACGAUGAAGUAUCGGAUUUUGUUUUAUAAAAAGUAAACUACACAUUGUAUGGGUGUAUAAGCACUUUUUUACAUUUUACUGCUUUAGUAAAGUAAAAAGUCACGUGAUGAUGGAUUUUAGUAGUUACAAAGAAGCACGUGAUUUGAUUUACUUUGAUGUAGUAGUUUGUUUUGUUGCCCCCUCUUGGAUUAUGGUUUCAAGAUGGAGAGGUGAUGUUGGUGCUUAUAUGGUUAGAUAGAGUCUUUAAGUCACACUAAGGUUUUUGAGUUAUGUAAUACUAUGUUUUAUGUCUAUAAACAUGUGCUUUUAAAUAUCAUGUGUUGAUAAAAAUUGUGUUUGUUCUA